AUGGCGUACACGAAGAACUACUACCACAUCCUCGGUCUCCGCGUGCCCGGUCCGGGCUCCCCGGCCCCGAGACCCAAGGCGCCGGACUUGAGGAGGGCGUACAGAAAUGCGCUGCUUGCUGCGCAUCCGGAUAAACAGGGCCAGGGCGCGGGCGCGAACGGAUUGUACAGCGUGGAUGAUGUCAAGGAGGCGUACCGUGUUCUUGACGAUGAGAAGAGGAGGAGGGAGUAUGAUGGUUGGGUGUUGAGGAAUCCGCAUAUCCUCAAUACACAUGGCGUGCACAGCAAGAUUGGGAGAGGGGAUGGUGGAGGACAGACGCUGAAUCAAGACUUCAUUCUUGGGCUUGAGUUGUUGGAUCUGGGUGAUUUUGAGGAGCAGGAGGGCGGUGUUGAGGCGGAGUGGACAAGGGCUUGUCGCUGUGGGGAUGAGAAGGGGUUUCGGAUUCUGGAGGAUGAUCUGGAAGACGCGGAGAGGAGAGGGGAGAAGGAAGUGCUUGUGGGGUGUGGGGGGUGUAGUUUGUGGGUUAGGGUUGGGUUUGAUGUCGAGGAAGGCUGA